UUCUCAGGAGACAAAGCAUAAUCUAACUGUGAACCUCACCACUCUUCAAGUCUAGUGUUAUACUUGCAGCAAAGAAGUAUUUUGGGAUAGAAAAUUAGGAACUCAGCCUUCAUUGCCUCAUGUAAGACAACCUCAGCAAAUACAAGAAAACAGUGUCCAGGAUUUUAAAAUACCGAGUAACACAACAUUAAAAACUCCUUUGGUUGCUGUAUUUGAUGAUUUGGAUAUACAAGUGGAAGAAGAAGAUGAACUUAAGGUAAGAGAUCUUACAGGUUUGAAGAAUAUUGGAAAUACCUGUUAUAUGAAUGCAGCUGUGCAGACUCUUUCUAACUACCCACCUUUGACUCAGUUUUUUCUUGAUUGUGGAGGACUAGCUAGAACAGAUAAGAAACCAGCCAUUUGUAAAAGUUAUCUCAAACUAAUGACAGAAUUGUGGCAUAAGAGAAGACCAGGAUCUGUUGUGCCUACUAAUCUGUUUCAAGGAAUUAAAACUGUAAAUCCAACUUUUUGGGGGUAUUCUCAACAGGAUGCUCAGGAAUUCCUUCCAUGUUUAAUGGAUCUGCUUCAUGAAGAACUGAAAGAGCAGGUCAUGGAAGUAGAGGAAGAUACUCAAACCGUAACUAUGGAGGAGACCAUGGAAGAAGAAAAGAGCCAGUCAGAUGUAGAUUGUCAGUCUUGUGAAUCUCGUAGCAGCAGUGAUAAAACAGAAAAUGAAAAUGGCUCCAGAGGCUUUUCUGAAGAAAAUAAUGAAACAACCAUGUUAAUUCAGGAUGAUGAGAACAAUUCAGAAAUAUCAAAAGAUUGGCAAAAAGAGAAGAUGUGCAAUAAGAUUAAUAAAGUAAAUUCUGAAGGAGAAUUAGAUAAAGAUAGAGACUCUUUGUCUGAAACACUCGACUUGAACAACCAGGAAACGGUCAAAGUGCAAAUCCAUGGCAGAACUUCAGAAUAUGUCAUUGAUGUCCAUUUGAAUGACCUGUCUACACCUUCAUUUGAGCUUCCAUCAAAUGAAGGUGUUAAUCCACGUUUAUCAGCAAGCCCUCCUAAAUCAGGGAAUUCGUGGCCAGGAUUGGCAUCCACACACGAAAAAGUUCAGUCUGCAUCUCCAAAGAGAAAAAAACAGCAUAAGAAAUACAGAAGUAUUAUUUCAGACAUAUUUGAUGGAACAAUCAUUAGUUCAGUACAGUGUCUGACUUGUGACUUUCGAGAUCUGUCCUUGCCAAUUCCUGGCAAAGAAGACCUUGCUAAGCUACAUUCAUCUAGUCAUCCAACUUCUAUAGUCAAAGCAGGAUCAUGUGGUGAAGUCUACGCUCCACAAGGCUGGAUAGCUUUUUUCAUGGAAUAUGUGAACAGCUGGUUUUGGGGUCCAGUAGUAACCUUGCGAGAUUGUCUUGCUGCCUUCUUUGCCAGAGAUGAAUUAGAAGGUGACAAUAUGUACAGUUGUGAAAAAUGCAAAAAGCUGAGGAAUGGAGUCAAGUUUUGUAAAGUACAAAAGUUUCCCGAGAUUUUAUGCAUCCACCUUAAAAGAUUCCAACACGAACAAAUCAAAAUCAGCACUCAUGUUUCAUUUCCACUAGAAGGCCUGGAUCUUCAGCCAUUUCUUGCUAAGGAUAGUCCAGCUCAGAUUGUGACAUAUGAUCUUCUGUCAGUCAUUUGUCAUCAUGGGACUGCAAGUAGUGGACACUAUAUAGCCUACUGCCGAAACAACUUAAAUAACCUGUGGUGUGAAUUUGAUGAGCAGAGUGUUACUGAAGUUUCAGAAUCUACCAUACAAAAUGCAGAAGCUUACGUUCUUUUCUAUAGGAAGAGAAUGAAAGGCACAAAAGAGAGGAGAAGGAUAUCAAAUUUGUUGAACACAAUGGAACCCAGCCUCCCUCAGUUUCACAUUUCUCGACAAUGGCUGAAUAAAUUUAAGACCUUUGCUGAACCUGGCCCUAUUUCAAAUAAUGACUUUCUCUGUAUUCAUGGAGGUGUUCCUCCACAAAAAGCUAGUUACAUUGAAGACUUGGUUUUGAUGCUGCCUCAGAACAUUUGGGAUAACCUGUAUAGCAGGUAUGGAGGAGGACCAGCUAUCAACCAUCUGUACAUUUGUCACACUUGCCAAAUUGAGGCAGAGAAAAUUGAAAAAAGAAGGAAAACUGAACUGGAAACAUUUAUUCGGCUCAACAGAACAUUCCAAGAGGAGGACUCUCCAGCUACAUUUUAUUGCAUCAGUAUGCAGUGGUUUAGAGAAUGGGAAAGUUUUGUGAAGGGUAAAGAUGGAGAUCCUCCAGGUCCUAUUGACGACACUAAAAUUGCAGUCACUAAAUGUGAUAAUGUGAUGCCCAGGCAAGGAGCGGAUUUUGGUCAAAUUUCUGAAGCAACAUGGAAUUUUCUGCAGUCUAAAUAUGGUGGAGGGCCUGAAGUUAUCCUACGACCUUCAAUUGUUCAUGUUGAUCCUGACAUACUACAAGCAGAAGAAAAAAUUGAAGUAGCAACACGAUCUUUGUAA